GUGGUCCUUUAGGUGUGUGGGCAGCAUGCCCGACCAGGUGCCCGCAGCCAUGUGUUGCGGCACCGACCCACGCCGAGUAAGCGCGCGGGGGGGCCCACGGAUCAAUUUUUGCACCGGGGCCCCGUGGGUCAUGUGUACGCCACUGAGUGUGAUGAUGUAAUGAUGGAGCAGUAUGAUAUAAUGAUGGAGCAGUGUGAUGAUAUAAUGAUAGAGCAGUAUGAUGAUAUAAUGAUGAAGCAGUAUGAUGAUAUAAUGAUAGAGCAGUGUGAUGAUAUAAUGAUGGAGCAGUAUGAUAUAAUGAUGGAGCAGUAUGAUAUAAUGAUGAUGCAGUGUGAUGAUAUAAUGAUAGAGCAGUAUGAUGAUAUAAUGAUGGAGCAGUAUGAUGAUAUAAUGAUAGAGCAGUAUGAUGAUAUAAUGAUGGAGCAGUAUGAUGAUAUAAUGAUGGAGCUGUAUGAUAUAAUGAUGGAGCAGUGUGAUGAUAUAAUGAUUAUGCUGUGUAAUGAUGUAAUGAUGGAGUAGUGUGAUGAUAUAAUGAUGGAGCAGUAUGGUGAUAUAAUGACGGAACAGUGAUAUUAGGUGAAAGGUGUCAUAAAAAUAAGUAGGUAAUGUGACAAACUCCCCUUUCCAAGUGAGUGUGCCACGAGUUCCUGGAGGAGCCUGCUUGCCAGCCUCCUGUCAACAGACUAUGGAC